AAUAGAUUAUAAAUUAUAACAUAUUAGUGAGGGCCACUAUGUAAUUUCGUGUGCACAUGUGUGUUAAAAGUGAUUUUUUGAUUUAAAGUUGUUCCUUAGGUCCCAAAUUACCAAAAAAAUAUGGGUGGCAAAAUUUUUUGUCCCAUCGGACCAAAUUAGAUGACGUCAUCACUUUUACAGUCAGCAAAAAAAUAAUUUCACAUUUAUAUGUCAUAUUAUAUAUUGUUGGAAAAAGGAGAUCGAGUGGAUCAAAAAAAAUGUAAGAACCAUGUCUUCAAAACGUAACGUUCGAAAGAUAUUACUAUUCAAACUUUGUACAAAUUACAGACCGGUAAUUUACUGACCCAGCACAAAAAUGACGAUAACCUGCUCAAUAGCGAAGUUUUUUUGUUGAAUUUUAGUAUGGUAUUGGGUCACCCUAAUGUCUUUCUGUUUGAUCAAAAUUUAUUGUUCAAAUCACUUCAAGGGAUAAUUUACAGACCAGUAAUUUACAGACCAAAGCACGUGUUUAGUUGUUUACUUUAGUUUUGAAAAGCAAGUAGCGAAUUUCACUUAGACAUUUUGUAUGUAUUAGUAUCAGUAUAAUAACAAGUUUUGUUUUAUAAUUGUUCGAUUUCAUGGACAUAGACAUAGAAUUCGAAUGUUCUAUUUCUAGAAAACAUUCUAUUGUUCAAUUUCAUAGCUAGACUGUUUAAUUUCGAAGUGUUAGUGAAGUGUAAUGUGAAGUUUAUAGUAUAGACAUACAUGCAUAAUAAUAAAAUGAUAAAAAAAAGGAUAAAAGGAACAAAAUCGAUAUGGGUACCGUUAAAAAAAGUGAAAAUAGUAACUUUCAAAGAUCUUGGAAAAUCUAUCAAAAAGAGAGUAGGGGAUAAAGUUAUACAACUCAAAGAGGAAAAAACGCUACUAUCAAGAUUUUUAAUCACUGCACGGAAAAGUCCCGAGUUGGAUUUGGAGCACUGUAUUGGCAACUUUGAGUUUUCUGUUGUACCAAAGGCCUUGUUCAGUGCUGAUGGAAUUCCAUUGGCUUGUUUAGACAAAUUAAAAUUGAUUCACGGUAUAGAGGAAUUAGCCAGCAAAGGACAAACGACCAAUGGUUUAUCUGGAGAAGUCGAAACAAACAAAGUAAUCAUUAUAGAUGGAAUGGCUGUUGUGAAUCAAACUCCAAAAACACCGGCAGUUAAAACAUGCAAGGAUUUCGCAUCAGCUUUCACAGAACGUGUACUACAAAUUUCAAGAGGAUGUGAUGAAAUACGAUUGGUAUUUGAUUGCUAUAUAGAAAACUCCUUGAAAGCACGGACAAGAAAGCAUCGUACAUCUGUUAAUGAAGUUCGAUACAAAGUAUCAGACAACAGCAAUAUUUCAUCCAUUAGUCUCAAGCAAUUUCUUUCCCACAUUGAUACAAAGCAAGCUUUAACCAUCUACCUGGCAAAGAAAGUGAUGGAGGCUCUUUCAUCAUUGCAUAUUCGGUAUAUAGUGACUUAUGAUACUAAAAUGGAAUCAAAUUUUGUUGAUUGCAGAAUACACGACCACGAAGAAGCUGACACAGCACUUAUAUAUAAUGCUAUGGAUGUUGCACAGCAAUCUCCUUUGACCAGUUGUAUUGUUUACUCUCCGGAUACUGACGUGUUUCUACUGCUAAUUUACUACUAUGAGAUGUUACCAAUAAAUACCAUUUUUAGAACAGGGCGAGUUUCUACUCUACGUGAUAUUGAUAUUCGUAAUUGCUUUGAAGCCCUUGGUGCAGUACACGCGAAAGCUAUUCUUGGUUUUCAUACGUUCACAGGGUGUGACCAAACUGGGCGUUUCAACAAGAAAUCGAAGUCUGCUUGGCUGAAGAUUUAUUUACAGGCAGAUAAUGAGGUGGUUCUGGCAUUAUCGACACUUGGAAGUACUGUCGAACUUCCUAAUCUGGAAACACUGGAAAGCUUAGAACGUUUCGUGGUUUCGAUGUAUAAGGGGAAUAAAUGUCCUGCAGACGUGGUAUCACUAUCUCAAUUGCGCUGGAAUUUAUUCUCCAAAUUCCAGUGUGAUGCUGAUAUGUUGCCACCAACAUUAGCUGCAUUGAAGUACAAAAUAUUCAGGUGUCACUUCAUUUCAAUGGUUUUACGAAGCUCGCAUAUCCUCAUUCAACAACUUCCGAAUGCAGUCAAUUAUGGUUGGGAUACAGAUGAAGUCGGUAACUUAUCCCCCAUAAUGACUGAUGAACUUCCUGCACCGUUGGCACUCAUCGAGUUAAGUUCUUGUAAUUGCAAAACAAGUUGCAUAUCCAACUGAUGUAAAUGCCGUAAAAAUGGUUUUUUGUGCACUGACAUGUGUAAAUGUACGACGUGUCAAAACAGUGGUGGCGCAAGCGAUGAAUCCGAGUCAGAUGAAUAUAGUUCUAGUGAUGAUGAGUGAAUGAAACAUUGUACAAGCAUUGCUGAAGUUGUUUUUUGUCAUUAUUUUCAGCAAUUUUUUUAACUUUGUGAAAUUGCCAGAAAGAAAGUAAACAACUAAACACGUGCUUUGGUCUGUAAAUUACUGGUCUGUAAAUUAUCCCUUGAAGUGAUUUGAACAAUAAAUUUUGAUCAAACAGAAAGACAUUAGGGUGACCCAAUACCAUACUAAAAUUCAACAAAAAAACUUUGCUAUUGAGCAGGUUAUAGUCAUUUUUGUGCUGGGUCAGUAAAUUACCGGUCUGUAAUUUGUACAAAGUUUGAAUAGUAAUAUCUUUCGAACGUUACGUUUUGAAGACAUGGUUCUUACAUUUGUUUUGUACCACUCGAUGUCCUCUUUCCAACGAUAUAUAAUAUGACAUAUAAAUGUGAAAUUAUUUUUUUGCUGACUGUAAAAGUGAUGACGUCAUCUAAUUUGGUCCGAUGGGACAAAAAAUUUUGCCACCCAUAUUUUUUUGGUAAUUUGGGACCUAAGAAACAACUUUAAAUCAAAAAAUCACUUUUAACACACAUGUGCACACGAAGCUUUAUAUCAGAACAUAGCAGUCCUCACUAUAUCUGAAGUUUUUAAUAA